ACUCGAAGGCAAAUAAACACCACGUGCUAUCACACAUUCACAUUCAUGACAUAAAACUGAGAGGACUGGGUCAUUGGGAUCGUAUACAAACCAGAUUGUGAACUAUGUUAUGAUUACGACGAGCGUGAAGUUCAUUUCAUGUUAAACCAAUAUCGGCAGUUGAUAUCGAACUCCUCGCUCGCCGUUGACAUACCAUACCGUGAGAUUAACGGAAAAGUCUGCCAAAGCAAUCGCCUGUACGCGGUCUGGAAUUUACUAGUUGGUGAUGCCAGGAUGCGAGUGCAAGAGUGCCUGACGUAUACCGAUUUGCUCCGGGUCAUGGAUAAUAAAUAGAUAGAUAUUCACUCAGCAGCUUUAGUUCGGAAUUAUUUAUCGAGUCAGCUGUAAAAACAAGCAAAUGCGUAACCGACAAUGGACAACACCGUCUUUUGGCUGUUAGUUUAAAGUGCAUCAUUGCACCACUCCAAUGGGAUGAUAUUUUGAUUGAGCAUUUGGAUUAGAGGAGCCUUUCUUCGCUAAGUGUUUUGAAUCUUCAGUUUGUCGCCGAGGGAAGGAUCCGGAAAUGAUCUCCUAGUCUGUUUGAAAAAUCGAUGUCUAAACUCCGUGGAUCACUUUGGAUUGUAUUCGCAAAGGAACGCGGAGAGCAGAAUUGGUUGUGUUUUAUAUUUUCCCUGGGGCAGCAGCCAAGAGGGAGCAGGCAGUAGGCAGCAGGCACACCGCCCCUAGUCUGUAAGAGGCGACACUCGGGGCAGGUAACGGCUUAACAGUCCGGCCGACUUUGGAUGUUUCGGAGGUGAAAACUAUAUAUGAGACGACCAUUGAGGAAAGUGCCUUUUAUUUGUUGUACUUACGGUAUACCACGUACCACGAAUUAGUGAAAAGGUGGCAUCUCGGAGUUGAUCAAGAUGCCACUGAGUCGACGGGACAGACGACCGUUGCAUGUCGUGAUUGCCACCCUCCUGUUGCUGUCACUUGCCCCAUUACUGGUAAUGAUCAUUAACAGGGACCCAUCCCUGGCCCCCUUCUCUGAUCCCGGAGCGAUCCAGGGUGGGCGACUCUUGCAAAUGAUGCACCCUCGUGACAGACAGUUACCAUGGAAACAGAGUCAUGUUGACACCGCACUCAUUCAGCGCGAUGAGUCACCCCAACAGCCCCAACCUUCAAAUGAGAUCCAGAGCCUCGAUGACCAACCAAAGCUUCCAAGCACCAAGUCAAAUAACCCAGCACCAGUACUAAAAGACACACCGGGAGACUUCGAGCCAAAGCAACGCGCACCCGAGAGGCGUGGAGUAGGCGAGAAUGGAGUCCCCGUCACCCUUAUGACGUCAGAGAGAGCCCUCUACGAGCAGAGCUACAAGGAUUAUGGAUUCAACAUGGUGGUUAGUGAUCGUAUCUCACUUGACAGAGCUGUGCCGGAUAUACGGGAUCCACAAUGCAGAUACUGGCAUUACCCUGAGAAGCUUCCAAACACCAGUGUGGUGGUGGUGUUUCACAACGAGGGUUGGUCGACCCUGAUACGAACCCUCCGUAGCGUCAUUAACAUGACUCCUUCACACCUACUGCACGAGAUCGUCAUGGUGGAUGAUUACAGCGAUAAAGAGCAUCUUAAAAGGCAGUUGGAUGACUACAUUGUGCGGCCUGAGUUCGAAGGCAAAGUUAGACUGUUCCGGAACAGCCAACGUGAUGGUCUGAUAAGGUCCCGAAUAUCAGGUGCCAGACGGUGCAAAGGGGAGGUGGUCACGUUCCUGGACGCACAUUGUGAAUGUAAUGUCAACUGGUUGCCGCCUCUACUGGCUGAAAUAGCCGUUAGUAGAAAGGUAGUUGUGUGCCCCACGGUGGAUGCUAUUGAAGCAGACACCUUCGCCUACGGGCCUCAGAUGGACGGAUUGUGCCGAGGUGCUUUCGAUUGGGAUUUCUGGUAUAAACGCAUACACGUCAACUACAGCAAAGAUCGUAUAGGAAUGAAGUACAGUAGUCAGCCGUACGACUCACCUGUCAUGGCCGGGGGACUGUUCGCAAUUGACAGGGCGUACUUCUUCGAGCUCGGAGGGUACGAUCCCGGACUUCAGAUAUGGGGCGGUGAAAACUUUGAAAUCUCUUUCAAGAUAUGGAUGUGUGGAGGAAAGCUUAAGUUCGUUCCGUGUUCCAGAGUUGGUCACAUCUACAGAAAAGGCGUUCCGUAUUCCUACCCGGAUCUUGGCACCGGAGUCUCUGUCGUUCAGACGAAUUACAUGAGAGUUGCCGAAGUGUGGCUGGACGAAUACAUUGAUUUCUUCUAUGCCAAUCAACCAGAGCUUCGCGGCAAACCUUUCGGCAAUAUCACAGACCAAGUCCGCUUCAGGCGCCAACACUGCCACAAGUCAUUCGAUUGGUUCAUGAAAGAAGUCGCCUUUGACACAUUAGAGAAAUUCCCGCCACCUCCAGUCAACAAACUAUGGGGAGAGAUACGGGGCCUAUACAGCGAUAUGUGCCUUGACACAAUGGGUCGCGAUGGCAGUAACGGACUCUUGGGGGCGUCUCAUUGUCACGGUUUAGGCGGAAACCAACUGUUUCGUUUGAACGUUGCUGGCGAGUUAGUUGUUCAUAAAUACUGUAUUAUACCAAUGAUGGGUCAGGUGCUAAUCAAAGAGUGUGGCACCGUGGGAGAUACAACAGUCUGGGAGUUCGAUGAGGGGACUGGGCAGCUGCGGGUAAAGACUACCUCAGACUGUCUCCAGCUCGAUAUAGGAAGUUUUCAAGUGACUGUCCAACUUUGCGAUAUAAACUUGUCAUCACAAAAAUUCCAAAUAGCGCCACCAACGCCCAGAUGACACGAAGCUACUUGAUGCAUACACUUGCUUUGGGAGUGGUUAUUAUUUCAUUCUCCGAAAUGCAAUAAUAUUUGUUUAUGUUUUGCAUUUUAAAAAGCUUCUUUAAGAUGCUGAAUAAAUGUUGUUAAACGCAGAGCGCUUUCAUGAGUGAUGGAAAAUAAUUUCCAUCACAAAUUACUUUAAUAGUGUUAUUUAUUUGUGUUUGUUUCCACUUUAUUCUCCAAAAAAGAUUAUUGAUGUUGGUAGUAAUGAGGGAUUAGAGUUGCUAACCUCCCCCCCCCCGACAUUACUGAAGACAAUUAUUCCUUCCUAAAGGUGCGAUGUGUCCUCAUUUUUGCCAGCCAUGCACUAUGCGCAAUUUAUGGAAAGGUACAACUCUCAGGCACAACUCUUAACCAAUGGAAGGUCAUGACCUCAGUGAGGGCGCUGUUUUAGUCUGUGAUGACGUCCAAGGGAAUGUCCCUUUAAGAAACCACGGUUUUUUGUUUCUGCUCCGACUUUUAGAUAGGUACCAUCAGUGCUUUAAACGGGGUGGUCAGAGCCUAAGUAGUGGAGCCGUGCGUGGUUAAUUUGGAAAAGGACCAAUUUAUGUUCACGACCAAAACAAGCUUGGUAUCUACAUAGAGCAAGGACCAGAAGGAGCUACAACUAGUCGUACUUCAAAUGUACCAUGUGGGAGUUGACUAAGUUGUUGUAGGCCCUUAACAGUGGUAAACUUGUUUCCCCUACACUUCUUCAUGGAUUUUAUUUGCUAAAAUAAAGAUUUAUGUUCUCAUCGUGUUGUUGGUAUACCGAAAAACAUACGCGUGGAUUUGUCCUCCAUAUCUGGUCGAGGAAUCUCAAGUUCAGAUGUGGAUGAAGUUUCGUGAAAACAAUUAGAAACGCUGUCCACUAAUUAUGAAUAAAGCUUAUAGAAUUUAAGCUGUUGAUUUGAUAAUAAUUAAUUUAUAAGCAAUAUUACGUCCUUUGCAUUAUGAAAUAAAUAAACAAAUACAGUGAGUCAACUCAUGUCGCCUGGCGUUGGUGUCGAAUCCAUGAGGUCUGUGGUGGGUCGUAGCCUUUUGUCAAGUACUUUUCAAGGCUUUGACAGCUUCAUAGAGCUGCUAUCCCAAGCGACUGGAGGGGGAGACCACGCAUUUAAUGGCACAUCCACUCGACUCGGUGUCUGGUCUUCCAUUCCAGUCGCUUGGGAUCGCGGCUCUACGAAGCUGUCCAAGCCACGAAUGUCUUGACACAAGGCUAUGUGGUUCUUAGCACCAAGUUGUUCUCACACUCAUGGACCAGGAACAUGGGUAGGGACAGUUUGAAUGAAUAUGAAAAUAAAUAGGUGCAAUCGGAAAGUUUGUACACUCCUUUAAGGGAAAGUUUGGAGCCUGUGCCUUUGAUGAUCAUAAUGUGACACGGUAGUGUGUUACGGUAGAGUGUCACGGUAGAAAUGGACUAUGUACAUGUAUGUCAAUAUUAUCAUGUAGGUCCACCCUUUGAUUUGACCCCGCCCUUGGUAUAUUAGAUAUGGGAACAUAAUUGGGGAAUAGUUACCCCUACUCUUUAUAUCUAUGGAGGUUCUUCGAGAUACAACAAUAGUGUCCCCUUAUAUGGUUUUAUGUGCGGGAGUGUACCCAGGAAUUACAAACUAUGAACACUUGAGCAAUUUUGUUUGAUCAAAUAUUUGUUUGAUCAAAUAUGUUUUAAAUAAAAUUGUCUAAAGUAAUGAAAAUUAAA